CAGAUAUUUAAUAAAAUUUAUCAAACUCCUUUUUCUUCUUCUCCAUUAGAGCACGUACUUAAAGCAGUGUUUAUUUUAUUUUCUGUUCAUUCCAUCGAAUUUCUCAUAUACAGCCUCUAACUGUCAUUUGCACCUAACCAAAUACCAAGGCCAACGCCUUUCUUUGCUCGUUCAUCACUGUUAAUCUUGUAAUUCAACUCUCGAAUAUGGAAGACAUAGAUCUCGGCUUUUUAGCGGAAGGUAGCCUUAAGCAAAGCGAUUUGCUGGACGUGGAAUGUAGUCGAGUUGGAGGUCCUCCUCUACUUCUUCGGUCGAAAGAUGUAGCUUCUAUAAAGGAGAAGUGUGGCUCCAAUAAGAACUUCUUAUUGCAAAUGUAUGCACCUCGAAAUAAUGAGUCCUCUUUUCAUCGUAUUAUCUACGUCUUUGUCGACAAAGAUGGGAAAGCUCAAGAGGAAGGAUGGACAAAGGGGAUUCGUGUAUUCAGAAGCCAAGCUUCGAAAACAGAAUUCAAAAAUCUGGACCUUACACUAGAAGAGAAUUUCAAUUCAAAGCUGUGCAGUCCACGAGAAAUAGAAGUGGAUUCUGAUCCAUCUGAUGAACCAUCAGAAGUUCAGCAAAAAGAUCUUCAAGACGUAAAAGUGGAAACCGAAAAUCCAACUAAUGAGCCUUAUACAAAAGCCACAGGUGAUACUUCCUUUCUAAAGUUCCAAAAGUGUAUAUCUAGAGCUCCAGAUCAAAUACUGCGCUAUUAUCAUUCUCCUUCUUCCCAGCCUUUAUGGUGCAAUAAGGACGGAAUCCCUACCAGUGUUCCUGAUUGCUCUUGCGGUGCCAAGCGGAUAUUAGAAGUACAAAUUGUCUCUACAUUAUUAGCUGAGUUAGAAAUUGACCACUCCGCAGAAGAUGCCCUUGACUGGGGUGUUCUUACCAUUUACACUUGUUCUGAAUCCUGUGAUUUAGCUAAUAAAGGUAUUGCAGAAGAAGUAUGUUGGCUUCAAAAGUUUUCUGAUCAAGGUAUUGAAGCACCAGAGUAAGGGAAUUAUGGUGUUUCUCUGUUCUAUUAGGGAAAUUGAUUUCUGGUUUGGUUAUUACUAUUUCUUUUGUUUACAUGUCAGUAGCAUCAUUAUGUAUAUCACUUAUUUUUCAACACCACUUAACACACUGAACGAUCAGAUGUUUAUAAAGUAGAAUAGAUUGAGGCAACAUUGAAUAGUAACAGCAUCUUUUUACCUUUCUUUUUUUUGCCAAGUCAAAUUUAACAUACUAAUUGCC